AUGGAUCGCCUUCGUCGCGAGUUGGAUUUCGGGAAUCGUGACGACGACAACGACGAUGGUAGUUCACCGGAACCGUCUUCGUCCUCCUCCGCGACGACAACGACGACGGUGCGGCAGCACCUGCGAACGCCAAAGUGUGCCCGCUGUCGGAACCAUGGUGUCAUUUCGUGUCUUCGGGGCCAUAAGAAGUUGUGCCGGUGGAGGGAGUGCUGCUGUCAGAGCUGUUUGCUGGUGGUUCAACGGCAAAGGAUUAUGGCCGCACAGGUGGCACUGCGACGGCAGCAGCAGCAGCAACAACAGCAGCAGACUGUGUUGGGUGGGGGAGCAGGAUCGGGAAGUGAAUCGACGGCACUGACGGUGUCAAGUGGCGGGAAAGUGUUGAACAUGGAGGAGUUGAUCAUACAGAAGCAGAUCUACAGUCAGCAGCUGAAAGGUGUGCAACGGUCCAAAAUGGCUAGCAGGAACAUGAUUUACGACUCCCGCAAAUUUGCCUCAUUGUUCGAGUCGCCCCUGACGGAGCGGAUCCGAAAGCGGCGUGCCUUUGCCGACAGCCGACUGAUGAGUGCCCCGAUUCUGAUGGAAAUUCCCAGCCCUCGGACCGUGCCACCACCUCCGGUUUACGUCACACCUGCGGCGGCGGCGGCUUUCUUUCCGCUGAAACCGCUGAUCCUGUCACCUCUCGAGUUUGCCCAGCGGAGUUUUGGCGGCCUGAUGGAACAGUCCCCGCCACUUUCCACGUCGUCUUCGUCACCGUCGCCAUCACCUGCACCCGCCACCAACAAACCGAAACUAUCUUUUUCCAUAGAAUCCAUCAUAGGGGUCAAAUGA